AUGUUGAAAGACUGCAUAGAAUUUGCUAAAGGCUGUCAGGAAUGCCAAAAGCAUGCAGGAAUACAGCAUGUACCUGCUAGUGAGUUACACUCCAUAAUCAAACCUUGGCCUUUCAGAGGAUGGGCUUUGGACCUAAUUGGUGAAAUCAAACCUGCUUCUUCUAAGAACCAGCGUUAUAUUAUAGUUGGUAUCGAUUACUUUACAAAAUGGAUCGAAGCAGUCCCUUUGCCAAAUGUUGAUCAGAAAGCAGUAAUUAGUUUCAUUCAAAAUCAUAUUAUUUAUUGGUAUGGUAUUCCUGAAACAAUUACCACUGAUCAAGGUUCAGUUUUUACUGGACGGAAAAUGCAAGAAUUUGCCAAAGAAACUGGCUUUCGAUUAUUAACCUCAACACCAUAUUACGCGCAAGCAAAUGGUCAGGUCGAAGCAGCCAAUAAGAUUGUAAUUAACUUGAUUAAAAAACACAUUGCCCAAAAGCCAAGAAAUUGGAAUAAAACGUUAGAUCAAGUUCUAUGGGCAUGUAGAAAUUCUCCUAAGGAAUCAACUAAUACUACCCCAUUUCGACUGACUUAUGGGCAUGAUGCUGUACUUCCGGUCGAAAUACAUUUGCAAUCAGCCAGGGUACAAAAACAAAUGGACAUUCCAAUCGACCAUUAUUGGAAAAUGAUGUCAGAUGAGUUGGUUGAUUUAGAUGAGGAGAGAUUAAGAGCAUUAGAAGUUUUGACUAAACAAAAAGAAAGAGUUGCUAAAGCUUAUAAUAAGAAAGUGAAGUCAAAAACUUUUAAUGUUGGAGAUUUAGUUUGGAAGAUUAUCCUGCCCAUAGAUAGUAAGGAUCGAGCCUUGGGCAAAUGGUCCCCAAAUUGGGAAGGACCGUAUAAAAUAAUUCAGAUCUAUUCGAAUGGUGCUUAUGAGUUAGAGGAGCUAACCACUCAGAAACGUACUUUGAGCAUAAAUGGUAAGUAUUUGAAAAAAUAUAAACCAACACUGCUUGUAGUUAAAAUAAGCAUAGAAUAA